AUGGCGAACCCAUCAGCUUCCAUACAAUCAACCUUUGACAUUUCGAAAUUUACUAGACCGAUCAGCGAACUAUUAUUUUCGACUACUGACAAUCGCAUUCAACCACUUCUACCUUUAUUUUCACUACCCUUUCCUAAUCAAUAUCCGAUAAAUUUGAUUACAAAUGAUAUUACAUUUUCAAGAGGAUUAUGCCCAAUUUGUGGUCGAAUAUAUGGAUCAUUUAAAGAUUUUCAGGAUCACAUGAUGGCUCAUCAUGAGCGCAAAUAUGAAUGCGAAAAAUGCGCAAGAACAUUUGUAUCAGAGAAACGUAUGCGAGCACAUGAACUUAAAAAACAUUCCGCGCACAUAAGCAAUACUGUGAAGGAAAAUAAUGGUGAACGAAAAUUAUUCGAAUGUAAUCAGUGUGAUCGAACAUAUGAAACUUUUUAUAAUUUUAAGGAACAUUUAGCCAAGCAUAAAGGGAAAUUAUUUCGAUGUACGAUUUGCAAUAAGCAUUUAUCGGGACAAAGUGCUUUAAGUAGACAUGCAAAAAUUCACGAAAAACCACAUGAAUGUAUGAUGUGUACUAGUCGAUUCAGUUCAGCGUACGAUCUAGAUUGCCAUUUCAGCUAUUAUCAUUCAACCAUUAAACGAUUCAAAUGCUUUCACUGUAAUCGAGUGCUUUAUAACUAUUCGGGUAAAUUGCGCCACGAACGCUUAUGUUCCUUAAAAAAUACUAUUAUCAGGAAAGUUCCACAUUCUCAAAUUGUCAAUCUGCCCAAAAUAAUUUCUUCUAAAGAGAAAUUAAUCCAGACAAAAUUAAAACAUGAAGAAGUGGAGGAACUCGGUGAUAAUAAAAAAUGUCAAAUUAUUUCCAAUCAUUCGGCUGCUAUUAAUUUAAUCAACGAAGCAAAAUUUCAUAAACCUAAAACAGUAGCAUUUGAGAAUUCGAAAAAACUCACUGAAACGACAAAAUUCGAACAAAAGAAAACAUUUCACAUUUGUGAUAUUAUGCAUGAUAUGCCGGGUUUUUCGUAA